AUGAUGAAGGGAUUCCUGCUUAGCUGUGCCUUGUUGGCUUCGCACGCUUAUGGACAUAUCCAGAUGGCGAAACCAUAUCCAAUUCGGAGCCCAUUAAACAAAAAUGCAACUGGUGAAAAGGACUACUCAUACACGAACCCUCUUGCAACUGACGGAUCAAACUUCCCUUGCAAAGGUUACCACAAUGAUGCGUUCAACUCUGUGGCGAGCUAUAGCCCCGGGCAAUCAUACGACCUCGAACUUGAGGGAAGUGCCACGCAUGGAGGAGGCUCAUGCCAAGUCUCUCUCUCCUACGAUAAGGGCAAGACAUUCCAGGUCAUUCAUUCCAUGCUUGGUGGAUGCCCGUUACAGAGCAGUUACAAGUUCACAGUCCCUGCAGACGCUCCAUCUGGCGAGGCUCUCCUGGCCUGGAGCUGGUUCAAUAAGGUUGGCAACCGUGAGAUGUACAUGAACUGUGCCCAAGUCACUGUGGGAGGGAGUAGUCAGGGUCAAGAGGGAUUCACCUCCAUCUCGCGUCGUGACGCAUUCAGCAGCCUCCCACCCAUGUUUGAGGCGAAUAUCAACGGACCUGGACAGUGCAAAACAAUCGAAGGCCAGGAAGUCAACUUCCCUCUUCCGGGUCCCUCGCCAGAAGGAAGUCUGAGCGGCCAAGGCUAUCAAUGUUCUGGCUCUGCUCCUUUCCUAGGAGGUAGUGCGAAGUCUCCCAACUCGUCGUCAACUUCCUCCAGUACUUCCACUUCAGGCACCGCCUCCAGUUCUAGCUCGAGCCCUAGCUCGAACAGCACCUCCGCAACCACACACUCUCCCAUGACUUCAUCCCAACCGUUGAUCUCUGCACCCUCCCCAACAUCCUCCUCUGCCGUGGCUUCCAACGUCCCCUCAUCAGCGGUCCUUCCGUCAUACGAUCGCACCGUUCCCACCUUAUAUCCUGAGGUGCCUUUCCACAGACCCACGGAGGAGCCCUGCGUUUCCGGAACGAUUAUCUGUUCAGCAGACGGUCUGAGUUGGUCCCUCUGCAGCGAAGGUUCUCCCAUCCACAUGGGCAACGUCGCAGCUGGAACCCACUGUAUGCACGGGGCGAUGCACCGCCUUCCUUAA